GACUUGCUGCUCCUGGAGCACUUCCUGGCCAUUCUUCCCAGGGAAAUGCAGAGCUGGGUCCGGGAAUGCGAACCCGAAUCCUGUGUGGAGGCAGUGGCGGCCGCUGAGGACUUUGAAUGUUUUCUCAAGCAGCAGCAAUGUCUGUGCACCCAAAUAAGUCUGCGGAGAACGUCAGUCCGUGGGAAUGUCAAGAUUCAGCAGAAGCAGAUCCGAUGCCUCAAAGAGAGAUGCCCGAGUUUAUUUCCAGGCUUCAGGCAGAGGGAGAAGCGUCAAAGGGUCUGUCUGGCCCAGGGAGGUUGCAAAAUGCUCAGUCAAGGGUUGGUCGGAGGAGGCAAAGGAGCCUCACAAAGGAGAAAAAGGUUGUAUCCGCUCCUGUUGCAGGAAGCACAACCUUGGGGGAGAAAACACCAGGAUGUGAAGCAGGAGCUUGUGCUCCACUGGAGGGCGGCUGCAGAGGAAAGUCUGGCCUCCUCCGGCCCAGGAAAGUGGGUAACCAGGAGGCGCAAUUUCAGUGCACCGACUGCGGGAAAUGCCUCAGUCGCAAGGACCACCUGAUAAGGCACCAGAAACUCCACAAGGAAAAGAAGGUUCAUGAAUGCUCUUUCUGUGGGAAAACAUUCACCCACAGCUCACACCUGCUUGCACACGGAAGGACCCACACAGGUGAGAAGCCACACGAGUGCUCCCAGUGCAGGAAGCGUUUCCGCACAUUCAGGGGCCUUGUGCAUCACCGCAGGGUCCACGUGGAAGAAAAGGACCUCAGUUGCUCCUACUGUGGGAAAAGCUUCCACCAAAGCGCGCGCCUCAAGAUGCAUGAGAAAAGCCAUGUCGAAGGGUACUGGCCGUACAACUGCUCUGUCUGUGGGAAGAGCUUCAGCACCAAUGCCAGACUCGUCCGGCAUGAAAGGACUCACACAGGAGAAAAGCCGUUCAAAUGCUCCUUCUGUGGGAAGACCUUCAGCCAGAGCUCCCACUGCGUUGUGCACGAGCGGUCCCACACGGGGGAGAACCCAUAUGUGUGCUCCGUCUGCGGAAAGCGCUUUAGUUGCAAUUCACACCUUAUAGUACAUGAGAGAAGCCACACUGGAGAGAAGCCAUUCAGAUGCUGUGUCUGUGGGAAGAGCUUCGGCUCUCGGUCACACCUUAUUGUACAUGAGAGAAUCCACACUGGGGAGAAGCCGUAUAAAUGCUCCACUUGUGGGAAGACCUUCAUUUGCAAGUCAUACCUUAUUCUGCACGAAAGGACCCACACUGGAGAGAAAUCAUAUCAGUGCACCGAGUGCGGGAAGAGCCUCAGUCGUAAGGACAACCUCACAAGGCACCAGCAGAUGCAUGCAGGGAAGCAGAAACCGCACCAGUGCUCUUCCUGCCUGAAAACCUUUCGGGACAAGUCACACCUGAUUAGGCAUGAAAGGAUCCACACAGGAGAGAAACCCUUUAGCUGCUCCAUCUGUGGGAAGAGCUUCAGCUGCAGUUCAUACCUUAUUGUACAUGAGAGAAUCCACACGGGGGAGAAACCUUACGCUUGCUCCGUUUGCGGGAAAAGCUUCAGCUGUAACUCGUACCUUCUCAGACACAAGAGAAUGCACACAGGGGACAGGCCAUACAAAUGCCCCAUGUGUGGGAAGAGAUUCACUUGCAGCUCAAACCUGAUUUUGCACAAACGGACCCACACUGGGGAGCGUCCGUACAAAUGCUCCUCCUGCCCAAAAACUUUCCGUCAGAGGUCACACCUUAUUUUUCACGAGAGAAUCCACACAAAAGAGAAGCCGUUUAAGUGCUCGGUCUGUGGAAAGAGCUUUGGCCGCAAUGCACAGCUUAUUCAGCACAAGAGGAGCCACACGGGAGAGAAGCUCUACAAAUGCUCCGUCUGUGCGAAGAGGUUCAGCUGCAUGUCAUACUUGAUUCAGCACACAAGGAUCCACCAGCGGGACAAGCCCUACAAGUGCUCAGAGUGUGGGAAGAGCUUCCGGCGGAGCGCGGAGCUUUCUUCACACCAGAGAAUCCACACGGGGGAGAAACCAUACCGAUGCUUUGAGUGCGGAAAGACCUUCAGCUGGAGUGCUGGCCUUACCUCACAUCAAAGAACACACAUGGGUGAAAAGCCAUACAAAUGCUCUGACUGUGGGAAAAGUUUCAGAUACAGUUCAUGCCUUAUCUACCACCAGCGCAGCCACGCCGGAGAGAAGCCCUACAAAUGCUCCUUCUGCGGGAAGACCUUCAGCCAGAGCUCGCACCUGCUGGUGCACAAGCGCAGCCACACGGGCGAGAAGCCCUUCAAGUGCCCGGCCUGCGGGAAGUGCUUCAGCCGCAAUUCGCUCCUCACCAUCCACGAGAGAACCCACACGGGGGAGAAGCCGUACAAGUGCUUGCAGUGCGGCAGCCGCUUCCAUUCGGGCUCCGGCCUCAUCAACCACAAGCGGAUCCACGCCGGCGUGAAGCCCUACAAAUGCACGGAGUGCGGGAGGGAUUUCAUCCGGAAAGCACAUCUCACGCGGCAUCAGAGCGUCCACAGCGAAGACAAGACCGGUGAGAAGCCCUAUAAGUGCUUGGAGUGUGGAAAGAGCUUCAAUCGCAACACAACUCUUACAUCACAUCAGAGGAUUCACACAGGGGAGAAACCAUAUAAAUGUUUGGAGUGUGGCAGCAGUUUCAAUCAGAGUGCCAACUUUAUUAGACAUCAAAGAAUGCACACAGGAGAGAAAGCACACAGCUGCUCAUACUGUGGCAAGAGCUUCUGUGAUAAAUCAAGCUUCGUUCAGCAUCAAAGAAUCCAUACAGGGGAGAAACCAUAUAAAUGCCCAGACUGUGGAAAGAGCUUCAAUAAAAGCACAAACUUUAUUAGGCAUCAAAGACUCCACACAGGGGACAAAGCAUAUUAUUGCUCACACUGUGGCAAGGGCCUGUGUGACAAAUCAAGUCUGAUUCAACAUCUGAGAAUUCACACAGGGGAGAAACCAUAUGAAUGCCUAGUGUGUGGAAAGAGCUUCAACAAGAGCACAAACUUUCUUCGACAUCAAAGGAUACACACAGGAGAAAAACCCCAUAGUUGUUCCGACUGCAGCAAGCGCUUCUAUGAUAAACCAAGCCUUAUUCAGCACCGGAGAGUCCACACUGGGGAGAAGCCCUUUAAAUGCUUGGAGUGUGGAAAGAGUUUCAGUCACAGGGGAAGCCUUAGUGCCCAUGUAAGAAUCCACACAGGGGAGAGACCAUAUAAAUGCCCAGAUUGUAGCAAGAGCUUCCGGGCUCAAUCAAGUCUUCUUAAACAUAAAAGGAUCCACACAGGGGAGAAACCCUAUAAAUGCAUGGAGUGUGGAAAGACCUUUGGUCAGAGCACCCACCUUACUUCUCAUCAGAGAAUGCACCUUGGGAAGGGGCCAUACAAAUGCUCAGACUGUAGCAAGACCUUUUGUGACACGUCGGGCCUUGUUAAAUAUGAAAGACUGCACCUGGAGGAAACCAUCCUCACAACGAUGACCCUGAGAGAAGCAGGAACUGGAGGGGGUGGGGAAAUCCCUCCCUGGAAGGCGGGGUGGCCCUGGACGGGCGAGGGAACCCCUCAAGCCCAGCCGGAUCUGGGAGGCAGAGGAGGGCAAAAGCUCGGCGGACGCGGCUCGACCGUGGCAGCGUAUUCCGGGGUCUUCCGCAGCGUUUUGGGGAGGUUGGAGAUGGAAAAGGAGGCCCUUGCAGGCCGUACGCAAAAGGAGGCCUUGGAGGGUGCUGAGAAAGCGGUUCAUGUCUUCCGGGGUGCUGUAAGCCGCAGGAUGGAUGUGGGGGGAGGAAGUGUCCCCCUGGAAGCAAUGCAUUCUGGGAAUUCUGGGGGAUCCCUCCGAAGAGCGAUUCUGCGCCGGGUAAAGGAGGAGCCGGAAGAGGUCUUGGCCCAGUGCUGGGAAGCCCAGUGGCAGGAGUUCCUGAGGACGGUGGAGCCCCCUUGCUCCAGCUGGGCCGCCCCACAGUUGCCGGAGGAGCCCACCCCGUGGGACAACGCCACAGCCUUCCUGGCCUCCUUCGAGCAAGUGGCCAGCGCCUGCCGGUGGCCCAAGGAGGAGUGGGUGGCCCGGCUCCUGCCGGCCCUUGGUGGAGAAGCGGAGCUGGCAUUCAACAGCCUGGAGGCCAGGGACAGAGAGGAUUAUGGGAAAGUGAAGGCCAUCAUCUUGCGAUGGGACGCCCUCACCCGGGAGCGGUGGCGCCAGCACUUCCGGCACUUCCGCUACCAGGAGGCCGAGGGGCCCAGAGGGGUGUACGGCCACCUCCAGGAGCUCUGCCGUCAGUGGCUGAAGGUCGAGCGGCACUCCAAGGAGCAGAUCCUGGAGCUGCUGAUCCUGGAGCAGUUCCUGGCCGUCCUGCCCCCGGAGACACAGAACUGGGUGAGGGAGCACGGCCCCGAGACCUGCUCCCAGGCCGUGGCCCUGGCUGAGGAGUUCCUUCUGCGGCAGCAAGAGGCCCAGAGGCAGGGUCACCAGGAAACUUUUGAGGAGGGUCCCCCGCGGGCCCCUGAGGCUGGCCAGGCUGUUUCUGAUGUCGAGGAGGGGCAACUGCGCAUAGAAACCAAACAGGAGGAGGAGGAGGGUGGCUGCAACAGGAAAGCCGGCCUCCUGGCAGGCAAAGGGUGGGCAACUGCAGAUGUUGGCGAGAACUGCAAACCGGAUGAUCUGCGGCCAGGGGACCUGCAGGGAGCCUCGCUGUGGAAAGCUGAGCAGGAUCAUUCCCCAUGCCGUGGGCAGGACCAUGCCUUGGGAGGCCGAGGAAGAGCAGAGUGUUGGCAGGACACAGAGGAGGCAGAUCCACCAGCUCCCUGUGGCUUGAAAUGUCUCAAGGCCUCUAGCGAGCCCGCGAUGCAGAUAGAAAUCGGUGCCGCACAAGAUGGGUGGGAGAGUGAGGAGGAAGAGGAACCGCCUGGGAUGUUGUCAGACAGAAUCAAGAACAAUGAGAAUCCUUGGGAGCACUGUGGACCAAUGAUAGAGGAAGGAAACAAUAAUGAGAAAGAGGAACAUCAAUCCAUUCCUUGUGAGGAUGGGGACUUUUAUGAUAUCCAAGUCCAACAAGAACAAAGAGAAAACAGAAAGGACAAGUGCCUCAUUGCUCAUUGGAGAAUUCACACAGAGAAUAAACCCAAUCAAAGCUUAGAGUUUGAGAAUAGCUUUUUGGAGGCCAGAAGUCUUCCUGAAUUUCAAAUGCAUGAAGAAGAGAAACCUUAUAAGUGCUUUGUUUGUGGAAAGUGUUUCACACGGAGUACAAACCUUACCUCACAUCAAAGAAUCCACACAGGGGAGAAGCCAUAUGGUUGUCCAGACUGUAGUAAGAGAUUUUCUAGCCAGUCGGACCUUAUUAAGCAUAAGAGAAUUCACAGAGGAGAGAAACCAUAUAAAUGCUUUGUGUGUGGAAAGAGCUUCAGUCAAGGUGGCCAUCUUACUUCACAUCAGAGAAUUCACACAGGGGAGAAACCCUAUAAAUGCUUGGAGUGUGGAAAAAACUUUAGUAAGAACACUAACCUUACUUUGCAUCAAAGAAUUCACACAGGGGAGAAACCCUACAAGUGUCUGGAAUGUGGAAAGAGCUUCACUUGGAAUUCAAACUUGACUUCACAUCAAAGAAUACAUACAGGAGAGAAACCAUUUAAAUGCUCAGAUUGUAGUAAAAGCUUUUGUAAUCACUCAACUCUUAUUAAGCACAUGAGAAUCCACACAGGAGAGAAACCCUAUAAAUGCUUUGCAUGUGGGAAAAGCUUCAGUCAGAGCUCAAGUCUUACUGCACAUAAGAGAAUUCACACAGGGGAAAAACCCUAUAAAUGUUCAGAAUGUGGGAAGAGCUAUAGUAAAAACACAAAUCUUACUUCACAUCAGAGAAGUCAUACAGGAGAGAAGCUGUAUAAAUGCCCAUAUUCUAGCAAAAUCCUAUUUUAUACAUCAGGUUUAGUUACUAGGCCAGGAGAAGCAUCCCUAUCAGUAAGGCAGAGGAGAUAAUUGAGAAAGGAGACAGAAGUUUAAAAAUUUUCCAUUGUUUCACCUAUCAGUCAGUUGAAAUGUAAGCACUAGGACAGUACUAUUUUCUAGUUUUUCAUAGAUAUGCUUGCCAACCUCAGCUGUGUUAAUAAACUGAAAUAAAUGUCUUUUCUGGAUCUAC